AUGCGCGCUCCGUGGUCAUCGCCGGCGUCCCGGUCGCCGCCGCUGGGCCUCGCCGCCGCCGCGACAUGCCUCCUCUUCGCCACGACAACCCACGCCGCCGCGGCCUCCGGCGGCUUCUGCUUCGACGCGUGCCAGAACACCAUCCGCGCGCCGCACUUCAACGACACCGCCCCGGCCAAGUCCAAGCUCGUCCAGUCCUGCGAGAGCCUGCUGCACAUCAAGUCGCUCUACCUCUGCGCGGGCGUGCACUGCGACGCGGCGGAGCGGGACCGCGGCAUCGCGGCGCAGAACGAGACCUGCGUGCGGUACAUGAAUGCGUCGCUGCCGCCGUUCGACAUCGUGGCGGGGUACUCGGACGAGGAGAUCGCGGGGAUGAGGAGGUUGAGGAAGGAGGAGUCCGUGGCGGAGACGGUGUUGAACGAGGUCGUGCUGCCUGAGGAGAGCUUUUGGCAGAUUUGGUAUGAUUCGUUGGAAUCGGUUGAGUAUACGUACAGCCGGCAUUACAGAUACGGUUUCUAUGUCAUCGUAUUCUGGCUUGUGGUUUGCGCCGGGGGUCUCGCCGCACGCUUGGUCUCCGCCAUAGGAAGCCUCCAAAACCAGGAAUGGGACGCGAGAAAGGACCCCAACAUGCUUCACUGGGUAUCGCUUUGGCUCAAACGAUACAUCACCGUCCCGGCCACCUUCGGAUACAGGUGUUCUCAGAACCUUGGCUGGUGCACCAUACCGCCCCGCAUCCAGAGCCUGACGAUAUUUGCGUUCAUCGCCCUGAACACUUGGUAUUGCUGUUACGGGUACUAUAUUCUUCCCGGGCACAUGUACUGGCCGGAUGUAUGGAAGCAGAUUGGCCGUUAUGUCGCUGAUCGAACCGGUAUCAUCUCGUUCGCCAACUUCCCCAUCAUCUGGCUCUUCGGCAUGAGGAACAACUUGCUCAUGUGGGUGACUGGAUGGGACUUCGGAACGUACAACAACUUCCAUCGCUGGGUGGCCCGUGUCUCGACACUCCAGGCCUUCAUCCACACCGUCGUAUAUUGUGCUCUCGUCUUGAGUGAAGGCGGGUGGACCUACUUCAUGUGGUGGUGGACGCAGAUGUUCUGGUGGGCUGGUUGGUUUGCCAUGUUCGGCAUGAUCUUCCUCCUCGUCGCCUCGGUGUUUUGGAUGCGCCGCAGGCAAUACGAGCUCUUCCUCAUCCUCCACAUUCUCCUCUCGAUCCUCACUCUCGUCACCAUGCUCGGCCACGUCUCCAUCUUCAACCAUCAAUUCGACAUCCUCUUCUGGGUUCCCUUCUACAUCUGGGUAGCAGACCGCCUCCUCCGCAUGUCUCGAACCAUCGUCUUCAACCCCAAGUUCUGGAACACCUUCGCCCUCGCCACCUACGACGCGAACUCAAACAUCGUCCGCCUCAGCAUCCCCUACUCCACCAGCGCCUACGAACCCAAGCCGGGCACUUACUACUACCUCCACGUCCUCUCCGACAAGCGUUUCUGGGAAUCCCACCCCUUCACAAUGGCCUGCACCACCACAAACACCCAGCACAACCGCAAGUUCUCCAGCGAACAGACCCCGCUCCUCGUCGCCGGCGAGCACGACCACGCCGACCUUGCCGCCGAACCUACCUCCGAGCAGCCCCGCAACGGCUUCCCCUCCAUGACCUUCCUCAUACGCCCCUACGACAGCUUCACCGGCCGCCUCCGCGAAGCCGCAUCCGCAGACUGGCCCCGCCCCGCCCGCCUCCGCGUCCUCGUCGAGGGCCCCUACGGCCACACCCAGCCCUUCUCCGACUUCGACGACCUCCUCUUCAUCGUCGGCGGCAGCGGCGUCGUCGUCCCGCUCGCCCACCUCGCCAAACUCACCCGCGUCUCAUCUCGUGCCCGUUCCAUCAAGAUCAUCUGGGCCGUCCGCGAGCUGAGCUUCGCGGCCGACGUGCUCCGCCAGGACUUCGAGGAUGCGUUCGAGAGCGGGAAGUUGUCCGUCGACGUCUACGUCACGCAGAGCAGUCUCGCGUCCAACGCCGAGAGGCCGGAGGAGUGGCCCGAGCAGGUUCGGCUAUUGCAUGGUCGGCCUGACGUGAGGGAGGAGAUCCUGGACGCCACGACCGCGGCGGAGAAGAGUCGUCUUGCUGUUGUGGCGUGCGGGCCGAAUGUCAUGGCAGAUGAUGCUAGGAAGGGCGUGGUUGAGAUGCUCGGACGGGGAUACUCGAGGAUCGAGUACUUCCAAGAGAGCUUCAACUGGUAA